CACAGAGAGAGAGAGUCAGUCAGACUGUUAGAGCACUGAUCAGAUAACUCCAGCUCUCCUGAUGUCUCCUGCACCGUCUGACACCAACACUGCGGAGCUCCAAAGCGCCCCGGUGCCGCGCAUGCAGCCCGGGCACGCGGCCGACUUCCUCCCGAGCCCCUCCAGCGCCUUCCUGAGCGGCCUGGGGCUCGGCGGGCUCGGGGUGGCCGCCACCAUCUCCAAAGCUGGACUGGGAGUGCAGAGACUGGCCGCGGCGCAGCUCAUAAAGCGCCGGGAGAAGAAGGCGCGUGCGGCGGCGGAGGACCGGAACCAGACGGCGGCGGUGCUGCGCGCCCGGGAGUCUCUGAGCGCCGGGCCGAAGCCGCAGAACUGCAGGAGGAUGGUGGUGCUCGGAGCGCCGCGCGUCGGCAAGACGGCCAUCCUGAGGCGCUUCCUGCGGGACGGCUUCGACGAGCAGUACGAGCCCACGCGCGAGGACUUCACGCGCAAGGUCUACAGCAUCCGCGGGGAGACGUACCAGGUGGACAUCCUGGACGCAGCCGGGGAGAGGGACUUCCCCGCCAAGCGCAGGCUCUCCAUCCUCACCGGCGACAUUUUCUUGCUGGUGUACAGUGUGGAUGAUCGCAGUUCAUUUGAUGAAGUGUGCGCUCUACGUUCUGAGAUCUCGUCAGCCAAAGCAGCGUUGCUGCGCUCCAAGGCUCGUGUGAGCACCGUGCCCGUGGUGGUGUGUGCAAACAAAGUGGACUUGCCAGUCGAGCAGCAUGCGGUGUCACGCACAGAGGCCCUGCACAUGUUCGCAGAUAGCUGCGCGCUCUAUGAGACGUCAGCCAAAGACAGUAAAAACCUGGAGGAGGUGUUUGCGACGUUAGCUGAGCGAGGUGGACUCCCGCUCGAGACAGGGCCCUCUCGCCACCGCAAGCUCUCCAUCCGCUCGUACCACGCCAUCCUACGCGCGACACGUCAACGCAGUGGGGACACACCCUGCGGCGCGGUACAACCGCUCGCACGGAGACCCAGCUUCGGAACAGACUUACAGCUCGCACUCGCCUCACGCGAGGAACAAACACAGAGCAUGAAGCUGAGUAAAGCGGGGACACAUCCAGGCUGCCCUAUCCAGUGACCUCUUACACCUUCACACACCAACACGGACAAUUUUCAUUCUCAUGAACAAUUCUGUCAAAUGUAGCAUUCUCAGAACCACAACUCGCUCCAUGAUCUUCCGUUCGUUUUCGUUUUCAUUUUGUAUAGUACAGCUUGUUGUAAGUGUUGCCAGGUUGAAUGUGUGUGUCUAUAUAUACACAUAGACAAGACAAUAUAUUGGAAAU